AUGAAAAAACCAUCAAUAUCGCUCUGCGCUGAGCUAAACACCUGCCAAUUAGACGCCAUCAGCAUCGCACGAUGUUUCGUGAACAACACCUCCGGGUUUUCAGUCUACACUUCCUACUGUACCGGAUACCCUCGCACGAUGGAGAGACUCGCGGCCCUCGCUUCGGAACCUCUCAGCGCGAGAGAGUUCAGAGAGAGACAGAUAGCCCUUGGUCAUCUUUUGCCACUAGCUUCGUACUUGCUGAAGCCAGUGCAAAGAAUAUUGAAGUAUCAUUUGUUACUGCAGAAUGUCGUCAAGCAAUGUGCUUCUCGUGAGACAGAAUACGCGCUUCUCAAGAUGACAGGCAUAGCGCAACACAUCGAUGACAUGAAGCGAAGACACGAGCAUGCCGUCCGAGUACAGGAAAUCCAGUCACUCCUCUACGGUUGGAAUGGUCCGGACUUGACUACUUACGGAGAGUUGUGUGCCGAAGGGACAUUUAGAGUAUUCGGCGCCAAGGCGAUGCGUCACGCCUUCCUCUUCGACAAGAUGUUGCUCGUCACCAAGAAUAGGGAGGACGGCAUACUUGCCUACAAGUCGCACAUUAUGUGCAACAAUAUGAUGUUAGUGGAGUCGAUAGCGGGCGCCCCUCUGUCAUUCCACGUGAUCCCGUGGGACGCGCCACGAGCUCAGCUCACGUUGCAGGCUCGCUCGCCACGACAUAAACGAGAGUGGACCCUAUUGCUCAAGCGAGUAAUACUGGAGAACUAUAACGCUGUGAUACCGUCACAUGCAAGACAGCUGGUAAUGGAACUUGGCCAGAAUAAAACAGAUGACGACAUUCUAGCAGAGAAAUCUCACAACCUCAUAACUCAAGCGUCGAUGCGAAAGCAGCUAUCAGCACCAGAAUAUCUCGAAAAGAGAAAACUAGACAGAGACAGGCGAAAAUCUUUCGAAAAUGGCAUUAGGGGCAGAUUGAAGAAAGCUAAUAGAAAGUACACAAUACCAAGUUCUAGAGCAGAGAGUCAGGAAUGUGAUUGUUCUCAAGUAUCUGCUGAGAAAGGCACAGACUACACAUGUGAGAAUUGUUACGUAGAUCUCUGUUCUGAUUGUGAAACAGAGGUAGGUAGGAAAGAGAAAAGGGAAGAUAAAUGUAGACAUGAUGAAGGUGAAGUUGGAGAUAAAUGUCCUGAAUGUGAUAGAUCGUUACAUUACAUAGACUCAGGUAGCGCUGAGCAUUUAGAACGAAAGCAAUCAGGUUGUAAAUGCUCAGAUUUUAAAUCUUCACAAGAGAGUUUUAGUAAAGAAUUUGGAUGUCCAUUGAAUAAAACGAGAGGAUAUCACUCCUCUGAUAAUAUAAUAAGUUACGCAGAUAACAUUAAGAGUAAAGAAGAUCUCAGCGAUAACAAUUCAUUGACUAGUAUAAGACAUAUCAAUAAAACGUGUCUAAAAUACGCGAAAAUUAAAGAAAAUAUUGCCGUCACGGAUGUUUCUAGCACAUUACAUACUAGAAGAUCUAGAUGUAACGAUAGUGAGAAACAAAGAGCGGAUAAUUUUAGAUCAAAAUCAAAAGAUGAUCCGCAAAGAUCUAGGUUAUCUAAAAUAGGAACAUGGAGACGAAAAUCUGAACCGGGCUUACAACAAAAUAUGAUCGGUAUUAUAACAAAGAAGUCUCAGGACAGUGACAGUGAAAAACCUGAAAUAAGGGGUAACGAAAAAAUAGAAUUUGAAUGUAAAAAUUGUGGUUCAAACAAAGUGAGUAGAAGAACCAGAGCAACUGAUGGAACUAUAAUAUCAGAUCCAGAAUUAGGUAGCAAAAGAAGUAUUGGUACAGCUAAACCAGCAGUCGAAAUUAGAAUGUAUAAUACAAAAAAUAUACCAAAGAAGAUAUCUAAACUAAAGAAAAAUAGGGCUAAAGGAUUGCGCCUUGGAUCUGACACUACAGCUAAAUUCUACGCUGAUUUUUCAACUGAUGUUUCUACCGAGAAUAUUUUGCAUAUAUCAGAGUCUAAUGACAGUCUAAACAUUGAUAAGCCUAAAGAUAUACCAACGCUUGUACCUGAUACGAUUAGCAAAGAUGAAGAUAUUGACGAGGAAACAUAUAAAAAGUUAAUAGAAAAAACAGAUUCCUUUAAAAAGAAUGAAUUAGAGAAAGUUAAGUACUUAAAUAAACAGAAGGUGAUUAAUGAAAUCUCUGAAGUGGAAGACAAAAUAAGUGAAACAGAACAGAAACCAGUUGAGGGAACAGAAAGUUGUGAAGAAACAGAACAACCUUUAGAGCAAAUAAUUUCUCAGUUGUUAAUGCAAAACCGAGAAUUCCAAAAACUGGUUAAGAAGCAACAGCAAAGAAAUAGUGCACAGAGACGACAUCAAAGACUAAUGAAAUCCCAUUCAAAUCCCGAACAAACUGUAUUGGCUCAAAAUCUAGAAUCUAACAAAUUAAAGGCAAAAUAUGGAAGACACAUUUCAGCAGAUUUAGAUAUUGAUAUAAAUGAAGAAGAUAAUACGACAACUAGUUCAAGAACAGAUGUAAAUGAUGAAAUUGUGGAAGACCAUAUAUAUGAGACAUUAAGAAUAGAAAGUAGAGUUGAUGAAAACUUGCACAGUUUAGAUAACAAGAGUAAAGCGAUACAGCACAUUAAUAGACCAAAAAGACUUCCGUCCCCUCCAAAUACCACUAACAAUGAAAGUGAAAUUAAUACAUAUAUUGGUCCAGAUUCAGACUAUGUUUACCUUUCAUUCAACAAACUGAAUAAGCUACAAGAUACUGAAGGUAUUUACGAUGUUCCAGUAAGAUCACCAGAAAAAGUUCAUAAUAGAGUAUCAGUAGAUUAUUACGUUACUAUGGAACACAAAGGACCAUUAAUCACUGAAAUCAUUAACGAUAACGUCUAUGACACUUUAGUAGAGGUAUGUAGAAGAAAAAAAGAAGUGUCGGAUGAAUUGACCAAUGACUAUUUGCCGAUGAGUCCAGACCAAAAAAGCCCAAACACCCCAGAAAUAUGGCUUAGUAGGCAGAAAGAACAUUUCAAUGUAUCCAGAGAUCGAAAAUCAGGUUCUUUGCCAAGAAGUUUUCAAGUCAUUACAAGUAACCCUGAAGAAAAUUUAUCUACAUUCAAAUGUAAGCCUAAUAGCAAUAGUAAGACGUACUUAAAUAGAGAAGGCAAAGUAAUGAGCACAGAUAGGCCCUUCACAAUUGCUUCAGAUCAAAGUGAAAUAAACUACGAUGAUAUGAGUGAAGGAGAACUGCUGAAAUUCAAUAAAUCUAAGACAAGCGAGGCUGACUAUGUAGAAAAUAUAAGCCAAUCAACUUUAGAACUUGAAGAGGAAAUUGACAGGUGCUAUAAAAAUAAUUUUGAAAAAAUCGACUUAGAUAAUAAUAAAAAUGAAAAUUUAACAGUAUCUCAACCAAGCUUAAUCGUUUCGACUACAUCGUCAUGUGAGGUGUUGCCUCUAGAAAAAAACGAUGACACGAAACCUAAUGAUAUAGAAAUUAUUCAUCCAGAACAUAAAAUAUAUAAACCGACGUCAAACAUGCUUUCCCUUAAAAAUGUUCUCAGUCGAUUUAAAUACAGAAGUCCUAGCAAAAACAGUGACGAAUCAGAAAUAAAUGCCAACGAUCAAAGUAGUCCUGAUAGUACUAAAUCAGACCUAAGAAGUCCUGAAAAACGAUCUGCUUUAAAUCCUAGAAGUUACUCCAAAAAUCUCUUGCAAAGGUUCAGGAGCAUUAUAGGCGAUGACAAUACGGACGAUAACCAAAAUAAAUCAGAAACUACAAUCAAAGUUUCAAGUGGAGAAGAUGCACAAAAUAAUUCAAUUAAAAGUGAAAUUAAAGUAGUUAUAACAUCGACAGAUGCGAGUCCAACGUCAUCAACUAUAGUUUAUUCAACAAAUAAUGACCUGCUUAGUAAAAGUGUUUGCGAACAUACAACCAUGACUGAAAGUCAGACUGAAAAGAACAACUUAGAAGCAUUGUCUCUCAGCUGCGAUAAUAUCAAUCAAAAGUCUGAAACCCAACACCCUAGUUACGAUAAAAAUACAAAUAUUGUGAAUAGCUCAGUAUGCUCACCUGUAAAAACUAAUAAUAGUUCCUAUCAAAGCUUGAAUAAGCUGCCUAUUUACAUGCAAGGCAGUAAACACUUAGGUGCGAGAAUAGCUCAAUCAGAUUACGUUGAUCCAACUACGUUGGCCUACCAGAAGUCCACUACACUUAAAAAAGUUAAUAUCCUUAUAAACAAAAAUUCAGUUAGACCUGAUAGUUUAUUUUCUAAUUCUUCCUUCGUUACGUCUUCGAGUGAAGGAGCCUAUCAAGAGCCCAUGAAUAAAAUAAAUACUAAUCACAACUCGACUGAAGAGAAAACUGUUAGCUCUAAUCUACAGAAUAAUUCAGAUGAGAGUUACUACGAAAAGUCAUUUGAAAAGAUUGAACAGGUGACUGACGAAGAUGUCUUUAGAGAUUCAGCUGUUUAUUCUGAUCAGGAGGAUAGUGAAGAUACGAAAGAUACUGUAACGAAAGAUCAAGUAAUAAACAAAAAUAUAACUAGAGUUGAAAGUAUAAAAAGAAAGACUACGGUCCACUCAAAGAACAAUAUCAAUGAAAAAAUUACUACACAGACACGCGUUAUUGUCACAUCUAAUAAAACAGCUAACGUAGAACGUGUAAAUAGUAUAAAAAAAACAGUAAAUGUUAAACCAAAAUUAGCUCCUCCAGUACCUGCUAAACCUAAAAUAACUCGUAUACCUGCUAUAUCUAACCCUCAAAGUAAAGCGGUUACCCGGUCUUUGUCUAAGAGCUCCGAACAAUCUUCAUCUUCUGAAUCUGUCAAUGUAAAAACAAUUAAAAGGAAUGUCAAUUACAAACAAACAUUGGUUAAAUCUGAAACUUCUAAUAUUAAUGAAAAAUCUAAAGCGCACGAAAACAAGAUUAAAAAUGAAGUAACAAUUUCAUCAGAAACUAAAAUGGUUCAAGAAGAUAACGAUAAAUUAAAGCCUCAAGGCAACAUACAAAUAAAAAGGCUAAGUUUCGAAAGAGCUAGUUUAGAUUCGGCUACAAGAAAACUUAAAUCUACUGCUGAGGAACAAAAGACUAUAUUAGAAAAACCCCAAUCGUCAAAGUCGGUGUUAGAGAGACGUAUGGAGAUCGAACAAAUGUCUAAUAUUCAAUCCAAACUAAAUCCGACCGUGAAAAAACCUUUACAGUCAACAAAACCUAAGGCUAUUUCAACAAAAGUAGCGACAUUUGAAAGGAGCGUAAGCGAUAUUGGUGUAAAAGAAACAGCUAUUUGCUCCAGUACUGAAAGAAACAUUCCUAAUAGAAAUAGCAUUGAACAAAAAUCUGACAAUGAAAAUGAAAAAAGCAGUUGGGUGAAACAGGUUGUCAAUAAAUUCCAAUGA